AUGGAGACACCGAAAUCCCUAAAUGAGGGAGGUCAGCGAGAGCACGUAGCGAGCUCGAAACUCGGGAGUCUCAAGAAGGCUCUCUUCGGAAAAGAUGAUUCUGAAAAUUCCGAUUUGGGACCAAUGACUCCGCUUCGAUUCGGAAGCAAACGAAAAGGGUCCAUCAAAAAGCCCCAUAAUCCCUUGACCAACAUCACCUCGUUCCGGAACCUGUUCGGAAACGAAUCUCCGGACGACAGUGAUCGUUCACUUUCGCCCGACUUUAUGCUACGCUUCACAAACAACGGUCGCUAUGAGCUAAUUCCGGAGAGCGCCCUGGAUGGGAGCGAGAAUCAGCACGUUGGUGUUGACGAAGAAACACGAUUCUCGUUCAACAAUAUUCCGGAAACACCGUCCAGCAAUCGGCUAAGCACCGAAGAGAACGCACUACUCGACGAAAACAACUCCAACUCCCUGUCCAAGAUGAUGAAUUCGGAUUUGAAUCUUGUCGACAAAAGGGCCAAGCCACUUCUUCGGACACCGGGUGUGACGAGCCGAGCGAGCGAAAGCAAACCUGUGGCCGCCAAAUCGCAGGGUCUGUCGCUCCGUCGAACACAUCACCACGUGCCAAAGCCGCAGCUGGUGACGGCUUUGUACGCUGCUACCACAUCGAACUCGUUCUCGCCUUCUCCCGAGCCAUCGAAUGUGGACAGUGAGAAGGAAAAUGAAUCUCCUCCCAGACGUCCCACCAACAGAGCACGCACCUCUCUGCAGUUUAACGACAUUCAGCCGAUUCCGACCAAGUCAUUCUACUCAUCCGUGGUGGACAAACGACCAAAAACUCCCAUUCCAGCCGUUCAUCAGCCUUCCAUCGUCUCGCCGGAAGCAGGUCAGCCGGUUGACCGUAAAGACAAAACACCACCAGCGGCAACGAAAACACCUCACAAAAGCACAAUGCGAAAACGGUCAAAAUCUGUCUCCUCUACCGCACCCCGUUUGGGGCAACGAGGCGUGUGCCAUAAGAUACGGAAACCAUCCAAAAAGCCGUCAGUAAAAUUUGAGAACAAAACGGAACCAGACUCUAAGAAACGCUCCAAGUCUGAGAAGAAGGGCGCCAAAAGUUGUCCAACGACACCGAAAGGUCGUGGCGAAGAGGAGAGCGAACAUUCCGACGGUCCCGACGUACGGCGCCGAUUGAAACGCGUGGCCGAUAUCUUGCGACACGGACAGGAAAAUUUAAAACGCGCUCGUCCCCUAUCGACCGCACGAUCGAUGACGGAUCUGAGCGCACUAUCGGCCGGUGAAGAAGCUCACAGUUCGUCCUCCUCCGAAGAGGAAGACGCUGCACUGGAGGAGAGCCAUCAGAACCGUAAAUUCUUUCGUUCCACCGACCGGAAACGAUCAUCGCGUAAAGUUUACAAUCACCUGAACUCCAUCAAGCUCACUGUCCGCGGGGGCAAGCGAAAGUUGUCCAGUUUCCCCGAGGCUCCCAAGCGGCCGCGGAUAGAGUUUUCAAUGAGCGAAGAUUUCGACUUCGAUCUCGAGCAGCUCGAGGUGGAAGAUUUGAUUAAUCGGUUGGACAACAGCAACAGCAAUUACCUGGAAGCGCACAAGUCCGGCUCGGAUAACGGCCAACCGGGAGCGGAGGAUGACAUUAGCAACGAUGAGCCGAUACCAAUCCAACCGAACGUUAUUUACAUUCCUGCGCAUGAAUUCCAAUCGGAUAUGGAAGAUGAAGACCUAUUCUAUGAUCAAGCACCAGAUACCAUCAUUGUCCACUCAUCGGCGGCCGGAUUAAGCGAGGAUCUGAUCAACGCGAUGGUCGUUGACAAUGCGUGCGAUAUAGGGGAUGAUGAUGAAGGACACAUAAACACAACCCAGUGGUACAAAAAUGAUCAACAAAACACAAAUGGCAGUGCGGCCACAAACGAAUACUACCCAAUUUUCUACAAGGAGCGCCUCCGAGAACUGUGGAAAUCCCGGCAAGCGGAGGAGCAGCAACCUCAUGACUUGUACCAUACGAUUCGUGAGACGCCAAGUGGCAAACGGAAGCGCUACGGCAUCGGUCACGAUCAGUAUCAGAUCGACGCGGGCCAACGGGCUUAUGGUGCCCGGAAGUGCGCCGAGUGUGGUCUUGUCUACUCUCGCAACGAGCCGGAAGAGGAGCUAAUCCAUGACAAUUUUCAUCGCUCACUCGCGAAGCUGACGUUCGGCGGGUGGACAAGUGAACACAUCGUGACGCCGGUACCGGAGUGGGACGUGACCGGUCGAAUCAUCGUUGUCUCGCAGUCGGAUAGCAAACAAUGGUUGACGAAGGUACAGCACAUCUUGGAGGUGGUCGAUAGCGAGCUGGGCUACGCGACAAACGGCCAACUGCCGGACGGGGCGUUUGUGUACCUGGCCGUGGCUCGUUCCAUCGUGCUUGGUGUUUGUGUCGUACAGUCGCUGCAGUUUGCUAACCGUAUGGUAAGCAUCGACGGACUUCACGGAGCCCCAAUCGAUUGCUACUCGUCUGAGCUGUACCCGGCCAAGUGCGGCGUGUCGCGCAUUUGGGUGUCACCGAAAUAUCGACGGCUCGGUGUUGGCGCGAGACUAAUAGAGGCCAUCAGGGGACACUACAUCUUUGGUGCCCUGCUGAAGAUCGAAGACAUAGCGUUUGGGGCGCCAACCGAAAGCGGAAAACUGUUUGCCGAAGCGAUCACCGGACGGAAGGAUUUCCUUGUUUAUAUUUAA